AUGCCCGAUGCCGCCACGUCUGACCUAGAAGCGUCGCUGAUGGUCUGCAGCCUGAAUCGCACCCGGCGACAUGUCAGGCCGGGUGCCACUGCCGCCGGCAAUACGAACGCGUCUGAUCCUCCACGAAACUUGUGGCAUCGUACCCGUACUGCCAACACUUCGUGCCACUCACGUUACAACAGUACUGUAUCGACGAGGGCCAAACGGGUGCGCUUCUUUCGCAACGGAGAUCAGUACUUCCAAGGCGUUCUGUACGCUUUGUCCCGAGAUCGUUGUCGAACGUUCGAGGGUCUUCUCGAGGACCUGAACCGGACGCUCGGUGAUUUGGUCACCUUGCCACACGGCGUGCGCUUCAUCUUCUCUCUUGGUGUCGGCGGCUCCCGCAUAUCCGACCUCGAUCAGUUCGUCGAUGGCCACAGCUACGUGUGCUCCAGCACCGAGGUCCUGAAGCGCAUCGACUACGAGAGCGCCCGUCAGCCC